GCCCAUAGAGGGUUAGGAGGAACCUGAGGCAGUAUUAUUAUUAGUUGGAUAUUCAUCUCUAGCCAACCGAUUCGCCGUCCUUUUGCUUGUUUGAUCGGAUCAGUCAUGGCAGACGAGAUUGAACUGAAAACAGCCCCUGCUGACUUUCGUUUCCCUACAACAAACCAAACUAGACAUUGCUUCACCCGCUACAUUGAGUUCCACAGGUGCUUGACUGCAAAGGGUGAGGAAUCUAAUGAAUGUGAAAGAUUUGCCAAAUACUAUCGUUCUCUCUGUCCCGGUGAAUGGGUUGAGAAGUGGAAUGAGCAGAGGGAGAAUGGCACUUUCCCUGGCCCCCUGUGAUUGCACAUUGGAAAUAAGAUGAUGGAGAAUUCAUAUCUUUCUGUUGAACUUAGUCAUCCAGUUUCAUUGUUUAUCCAGGAUUUCUUUGAAUUAAUAAGGCUAUAGAUGGAGAUAUGUUUGAUUCCA